UUUUGAGUAAACCUAGAAACGAGCAUGGCAAGCGUUGACGGUGGUUCCAGUGAUAGCUGGGGAACAGCUAGACGAGAAGUUCAGUCCAAGGCGAUCUUACCGUCAUCGGUCAAGUCGGAGCAACAACACCGGAUUCGCAGGGAUCAGUUCACCGCGGGCUACAGAAUAAAGAGUCUUUCUGUCGGUUGCAGCAGUUUCUGCAGCUCCCGUAGUCGCCGCCAGCUCUCCGGACGCGCCGUCUUCAUAAUUCUUGCCAUCCAGUCGCUGGAGCGCUUCGCCUACUUCGGAGGCCUCGGGCUCCUAUCGACGUACAUUCUUCGCUCUCUGCGUAACGAGGUGCAUCCCCUUCCCCUAGUACGGCGUCGCUCGUGCACACAGUGAUACUCAGCGUGGUUACACCGUUGAUGUACCCAUUUGCUGGAUGGGUGGGCUUCGCUUGGCUGGGGAGAUUCCGCACGGCCAAGUGGUGUCUGGGGUUGCUGUGGGUCGGACACGGUGGUGUGGCUCUGAUGUUCACCAUAUUUUCGGCUCCCCGCCUGUUACUGGCCCAAAGAGCAUCCCACUGUAUCUUUUAUUCGUUCUAAUAGCUGUAGGCUCCUCUGGAGUUGAAGUCAAUCUGAUACCAUUUGGUGCUGACGCACUGCUCUACAAGACAUCGGAAGAACUGAGCUCUUACUUUUACUGGUACUACUGGGGCCGAAAUCUGGGAGCUUUAGCUUACAUCCUUUCCUUCCUUGUACAUGGUAGCACAACACACACAGCACUCUUUUCCCUCUCCAUUGCUGCUGCACUCACACUUGCACUCUCGCUGAGUUUCAUCUGUGAAAAUUGGCUGAGCGACGACCAAGAGCGUCAAAACUCACCCAAACUCAUUUGGAACAUUCUCCGCUGUGCAUUCAGAGCCGAGAGACCUCAGGCGAGGAGCGCUUUCAGCUUCACCGGAGAAGCCAGCCGACCUCAGAGACUGGACCUGGCAAAGAGGCAACACGGCGGGAAGUUUCACUCCGAGGAAGUUGAAGACGUGAAGACAUUUCUGAGACUCUUACUGCUCCUCUUUUCAAUCGGUGGUGCACUGACUGUCUAUACAGGGAUUUUAGAAGUAAUGUCCAUCCAGUUUCGGCACAUGUCAAACCACUGCUCGUUCACAUUGAACGAAUGGGCGUUCAACGUCUGGACAAUACUUGUUGCCAUCCCAAUCAUAGACCAGUUUAUCUACCCGAUUCUGCGGCAGUUUGCACCAAACAUGCUCAAGCGAUUCGGAAUGAGUUACGUUCUACUAAUAUGCUCCGUUGGGGUCCUCUGCCUUCUUGAAAUUGUCGGUCAUAUCAAUGAUCAGCAAGGUGAUUCUGCCGCAAACUGCAUGUUUGCUACGGCUAAUGCCAAAGAGCACAAAUGUACUCACCACGAGGACCAUUCCGUUAUGCCCCUCUCGGCCUAUCUGAUACUCGUGCCUGUAAUUAUGGCUAGCAUCGCGGAAAUUUUCCUGAAAGUAACAGUCUCCGCACAGUAUGAGAGGUAUGAUGAUCGGGCUGUUCUUCUGGGUGGAAGGCAUCUUCUCCACUCUAUCUGCCAUUGUCCUCUUUGGGUUCUCAUACUCCCUCCAGUGGUACUCGUCUUAGCUGCGGGUUCUGGUACUACCUCGUGUUUAUGGUCGUGGGGAUCGCCACGUUCAUUCCCUACAUAGUAUUUUCAAGAAAGUAUCAAAAUCGGACUCGAGGGGAAGUUGACAGUGAGAGAUACUACCGGUUGGAAUAUUGACUACGUGUACGGUUGUGUUGAGCAUGUGCCAUCAUCCUAAUGCCCACCAUCUUCAGGCAACCUUUUUUGUUGUGCUAUUUUUAAUCCAUUAGUGUCCAGAGUGAGAAAACAUUUUUUGUGGAGUGCUCAAUUUUUUUAAUCAAGCUAUUAAUUCAUCAAAACGA